AUGGCCUACUCGCCCACGGUCCUGUCCCCGCUCACGCUGCCCGCGCUGCUCAACCACGUCCUCACGACCCAGUCCAGCGACGCUCCGACGACGCUCAUUAUCUGCUCUAGCCGGGAGGUGUUCCUGCAGGAUCUCUGGGCCUCCCUGCAGCAUCAGGCCGGACGGGAGGAAGAAAGCCUACACCAGCUAAUCGCCCCCUCGCUUCACAACCUGUUCACGGCGCGUCACAUCGGGAUCGCCUUCUGUGCGUCUGUGCCGGUGCUGCUAGCUCAUCUUACAGCAUAUGGCGCAGCUGGAAGUAAGCAGAGCGGGUUAAGCGAAGGAAGAGACAAGGAAAGAGUUGUUCUAGUCAAUCCGCUCAGUCUGCAUGAGCCAACUCCAUCAUUCUCUGCCCAAGGGCUGUCCCGGACGUUUGCUGUAGCCGUCGAGACCACUGCCAGAGUUGGCGCGCUGCUCUGUCUCGUGGAAUGCCAGGGAACAAGGAGGGACCUCGAUCUACACAGCGAGGAAGCGGAUGUUGAAAUGCGGAAUGGAGAAAACGAGGGCCAUGACGCCAAAGAUCCGUGGGAGCAGGAAGUCUCGAUACUAAACGUCUCCGCCCGGCGAUUUGGCUCUGGAAGCGGUGAUCGAGCGUGGGCUGGCCGCACCGUCAAAGUGAAGAGAAUCGCGGGACGGUGGUUUCGGUUUCAGAGACACUACGGAUUGCAAGAAGGGGAAGGGCCAGGAUGA